AGUAAAUGAUUUAAAACUUCCUCCCAGUAACUCACGGCUGUUAUAAAAACAAAGAAGGUAAAGCAACCCUACAGCAGAGUCAAACAUGGCGAGUGUUACUGUGACAUCCUGUUGGAAGAGUCUUCUGCUGGUGGCACUUAUGGGUUUACCAGGUUUGGGGACCAAGGUGCAGAUUUCUUGGACUGGCAGGGUGACAGCUGGUUCCCCCACUACUUUCACAUGCUCAUCUAAUUGUUUUCCAAACUGCAUCUACACCUGGUCCUUUAAGGCCAGCACAGUCAACGGGAGCACAUUAACUUGGACACCAGAUGGACUGGAUGAUACAGUGAAACUGCACUGCACUGUCUUCAAUCCACAGACAGGAGUCUACACAAGUACUGACACCAUUGUUGAAAUUACAAAUCAAAUAUCUGUACAAGUCAGUCCGCUGAACACUGUACCAUCUCUCAACCAGUCAUUAAAUCUCAUCUGCCAUGAUGCCAGAUUUGGUGAUCCACAAGGUCUAUCAGACCUGGUCUGGUAUAAAGAUGGACAAGAGGUGACCCUGCGUGAAAAUAUGUGGCUUCAGCAAAACAACCUCACACUUCAUUUUGACUCACUGCUGCCCUCUGAUGCUGGUUUCUACCAGUGUCAAACGUAUCUGCCUACAUCACAGACAACAGUUGUCAGCCUGGGCUAUCUACUCAGCUAUGAUCAGUGGAACGUCAGCAUUAGCGGACCUGACACUGUGUUUCCUGGUCAGUUAAGUGAGUUCACCUGCCUGACCAGCUGCACCUUAAAUGUGGAAUGCACCGUCAGGUGGGAGUUCAGGGGAGGUUUCCCUGUUGGAACCUACUUUUCAGUUCAUAAAAAUGAGGUCAAGUGGACUCCUUCACUACCUGGGACUUUUCAAAAUUUCACCUGCAUUGCAGAGAAUAAAGCUGCUGGACGUUCUGCUGAGGCCACCAAGAUGGUAGAAGUUAAAGAUAUCCCAAUCUCUGGAUCGGAGGCGAUGCAGCUUAGUGGACUUUUUGCAGGAAUCCUCAGUCUGGGAAUGUGGGUCCUCUUGGGUUGGGCUCUAGAAACAGUAUACUUAUAUUCACUUUAAAGAGACAGUUCACCCCAGUAUCAGCUUUAUGCCCAAAUAAACACAUGACUACACCAUGGAUUAUCAUAGAAUAGUUACUACAACUAAAUGCAGCUGAUAUCUACCAAACUUUUCAACUCAGACUUACACUCCAGAGAAAAACAACAUAAAUUUGAUUUGGGGGUUUUAGUGUGAAUAUUUUCCA